AGAUGUUAUAGCUAGCAGGCGCUGGAAUUUUGGAAUCCGUCCUUGCAUGAUGGCUGACGAAAAUUUCCAGUGAACGGAAACCGCAACCUGAACCUACCCAGAAUACGGCAAAGAAAGAAAGAAAGAAAGAAAAAAAGCUCUUAACGGAUUGUAAAAGCCUCGUCAAAACAAACCAACAAAUGCUUCGACUGAUACGACGAUGUAAUGGUUGUGAUGCGGAAAUAAACUGUAGGUUACUCGUUUUCAUCAAAUGAAAACUAUAGCCUAAGUAAUUUCAAUUCUUAAAAAGAAGCAGUUGUGCAGUCACCUUUUGGCGGAGGAGGCUUUCGGAGCUCAAGAAAUCUGUUUCGGAUCGUUUUUGAAAGCAGAGUAACGCUUGAGUAAUGAGUGUGCCAGAGUUGCCCAAAGUUGGACAGGAGCAUGUAGACAACGAUGUUGGAGGUUCUGGCUGCUCCUCGCCUACUGCAACGAGAAACACCACUGCCAAAAACAAAGCCCACAUCACAGUGAAGAAGGAGCCAGGAACCGCAUCAAUCAGCAAUGGGAAUGCUGGUGACUCCAAACCUGCGGAAAUCUGUGUGGUUAUUGGUGGUAGUGGGGGAGGAGGAGGCGGAGGUUCGCGCAAUUCCCAGACACAAGGCUCCUAUGUUUGUGGAGUAUGUGGAAAGAAAUACAAGUAUUACAACUGCUUCCAGACUCAUGUUCGCGCUCACAGAGACUCUGAAGGCACCAUAGGAGAGGUGACACUCCAGCCUCCCAACAAUAGUUUCCGCUACUCUUGUGAUAUUUGUGGCAAGAAGUACAAGUACUACAGCUGUUUCCAGGAGCACCGAGACCUGCAUGCUGUUGAUGACCCAUAUGAGGCGGUGAUCUUACCUAUAGACGACCUCAAGGAGGAGGAUCGAGUGGAACCCUAUCAAAAAUUAGGACCAAAAACUGGAAGCUAUGUGUGCGAAUUCUGCGGUAAACAGUACAAGUACUUCAACCCUUACCAGGAGCAUGUUGCUCUCCACACCCCAAUGGGUCGCUCAUUUGAAAUUAAAAAACAAAGGUUGAUGCAGCGUGGGACCAUUGACACCAACAAAUACAACUCCAGUCAAAUGGAUGGUCCCUUCCUCCGAAAAAUGGAGAGCACAAUGCAAUCCAGCUUGGUAGACAUCACCAGUUCACAGAAUUCAAGUGGUGAGGAUUACAGUACUCCAAGCCCCCUGGUGGCUGGUUCUUUCUCUGCAUCACAGAAACCAUACACAUGUGGAGCCUGUGGCAUCCAGUUUCAGUUCUACAACAACCUACUGGAGCACAUGCAGUCCCACGCUGCCGAUAAUGAGAACCACACCAAAGUGGAUUCUCCAAAGAUAUCUCCAGGCCAGGCAUCACUGGACCAGCAAUGGAAUUCAACUCAGCUCCAAGCCCCGGUCCAAACUCAAGUACAAGUCCAGCCUCACAGUCAACCUCAGCCAACACAACGAAACCUCUUCAAUCAGAACAAUACUUUACCUGAGAAGGAGAAACAGCAGGUGGCUGAGCGUCUCCUUAGGGUAAUGUGCUCUGAUCUUAACCUGCUUAAUGUGCUCAAUAGCAAGGACUUCUGGAAACUGGCCCAGACCCUGGUUGACAGUGGUGCCCGCCAUGGUGCAUACUCCACCCGUGAUACUCUGGGAAACAUGAGUACACUAGCACUUUGCCAGCUGCCCCGCAUGUUCAACCAGGUCAAGGUAAAGGUCACAUGUGCUCUGGGCUCCAACUGCUCUCUGGGUAUUGCUAUCACCUGUCAUUCCCAGACAGUUGGACCAGACGCCUGCUACAUCUUGACUGCCUACCAGGCUGAGGGGGUACGACUAAAGCGCUACGUGCUGGGUGUGAAGGAAGCAGAACUGAGGGAAGGUCCAGAGCAGGUCCAUCAGUGGGUACAGAACGUGCUGUCGGAAUUUGUGAUGUCAGAUAUCCGCACAGUGUACGUGAUAGAACCUAGGGUAUGGGCCACAGGAGUUGGGGGAUUAACUUUGGGUAGUGGUGGACGAGGGAGGGUGUGUCUGCAGUGUGCUGGCUGCUCACUAGGUGCUGUUGUCCAGGCCGUGUUAGGGAACGGAGCCUCCAAGCACGUGGGCUCCAUGAGCUUGCCGAGCUCCUUGCUACCUGCCGAGACAUCGCCACAUCCGUUAGCCUUUCACUAUGUGAAGACCCCUCUUCCAACAUCACUCAGAGGUCCUCAACUGAAGAUUCAAUCUCUGGUUCCAGUAUUCCAGCUCAGUGCCCCACACCCCCAUGCUGGGACCGCACGGCUGAGGCUCUACUCCAAGUACAUGCCCACUUUGAGCAGAUCUGUGAGGCUUAUGGCCGCAGCAAGGCCACCGCCCCACUACUGCAGGGCCUCAACAAGCACCUGUUGGGCACCUUAGCAUUCCUGUUAGCUCCCCUGCGCUUAGCAGCCCUGGAACUGAGCAGCCAGAGAAGGCCCACCCUGCAGCAGGUGCUGCCUGUCUACCUGCGCCUGGAAAAGCUCUUUACAUCAAAGGCCGGCGAGGCUGGGACGGGCACGGCAAGCAAGCUCUGCCACUACUUUCUGGAGGCACUCAAGGAAAAUUUCAAGGUGGAGCGAGCCCACCAGGUAGCCAUGGUUCUGGAUCCCCAGCUAAAGCUGCGCGCCGUCCCUGCUUACCAACACGAGGACAUUAUUGCUCGGGCCUGUGAGAUGUCUACAGAAUUCCGAGAUGCCAACCUCAGUGGCACUGGUAGCUGUGGAGGGUCUGGGGGUGAGGAGCGGGAUGGUGAAUAUCCGUCCAAACCCAAAAGAAGCCGGGUUGAGGGCACAGAGGGAAGUAGUGUUGGUGGCAUUGCCCAGGUACCCUCAGGGUUGUUGCCAUGUGCAGUUUCAGAUAGCGAUGACAGCCAGACCCAGAUCAGACAGGAGAUGUUCCAGUACCUGGCCGAGCCCCUCCUACAGGGCUCCCCAGACCUUUUCCAGUAUUGGAGCUCGGCUGUGGGAGACAAGUACCCCAGACUGGCACGUCUAGCGCUGUGGCUGCUAGCAGUGCCUGCUGUGGGUGUGCGGAACGAGUGUGUUAGUGUGUGUGAGCAAAGCUUAGCCAUGAAGAGGAGACAUCUUGUCACACCUGAGGAGAUGAAUAAACUAAUCUUUCUCCGUUCCAAUAUGGCCUAACUAACCAAAUCUAAACCAAUGUUCAUCCGAUGGGAUUAUUAACUACAUUUUCCCAUGGCUUAAUGGAGUGUAUCUAACCAUUGCUGUAUUGUACAAUGCAAGGUUAAGCUUUUGUCUGGAACAGGAAUGUCCAUAGAACACUCAUCCAAAGUUUUGAUCAGUUACGUACUGUCUGGUACCAACUGGAUAAUAACCUAAUUUAUCUUCUUAACAUAGCUUGGUUAUUGAUGUUAACAAAAUGUUUUAACUUAUUGUCUGUUUUAAUGUAAAUUAUAAUUUUCUUACAUUUUAAAAUAAUAUCAAGCUUACUCACAAUUUUUCAGGUUUCUCUCUCUGACCCAUUAAAGUAUAGUUAAUUUAAUGUCUUUACUUACAGUACUGACUAGCAUUCAAAUAAACUGUGAAUUUAAUCAAUUUUCCUCAUUUGAGACAGAUCCCUCUGAGGAUAACAUUUAGUUUCGGAUGGACUUUUGGUCAGUGAUGCCAUACCAUCAAGUCUGUAAUGUACACUGUACUCAAUUUGUCUGAGAUGAUUUGAUGGGAUCUAUGUAUAACUGUUGCUCAUUUCGACCAAAGCUGUCAAACCAUGUUUGUACUGUGCCUGAGUCCAAACGUUAUUAAUCAAAUAUUUGCCUGUUAUUUAUUGGUCUUUUUUUAUUUGAAUGUGGAAAUAGUUGAACUUUUCACAAGCAAAUACUCAAAAGAAAUAUACUUUUAUUGUUGUUUUAAUAAUUUUAACUAAUGCACUGGAUUUAUUUUAAUGUGCUUUUUGGUCAUGUUUUAUUUGCUAGGUUUUUACCCACCUUAUUCUUUUCUUUUAAACAUUGAUUGAUUUAUCUGAUUGAGGACUGUUGUAAUGAUUUUUGUUAUUUGAGAACCUAUAUACAAUUUUAUGGCCAGUGACUGCGAUUUCACAUUUUUACAUCCCACUUUUUAACCUUUUUUGAGGGGGAUGACUGGUGCAUGAUUAAUUUGGGAAUUUUUGGAAAAGGAAAUUGUCUGAAAUGUCCUUUCAGACAAUGAUAUAGUCAUACUAUAUAGCCAUUCCAUUACUAUACAAGCAUAGUGUAGGGACAAUUUUAUAACUUUAGUUAUUAUAAAUGGACUAGGAAAAAUGCCAUUGUUGGCAAUGAGAAAUAUUACAGAAAUAUGCAUGCAAUUAAUAUUAAAAGUACUGAUCUACUAUUAUAUAAGCCAAAGUUUCUUCUAAAAUAUAUACAUUUCUUGAAGGGUAGAUCAAAUUAACCUUAUUCAUUUCAAUAAUUAGUGAAGGCACUGAACUACAAUCAGUUUAGCCUCCCAAUAAUCCAACUUCAACCAAAAAGAAACAAACAAACAACUGGUUUGAGUUAAUUGUCUAAGGGUGGGUUUCUCCUACUCCGUUUAGGUGAAGCAAUGUGUGUACAAGAGGGCUGCUGUUUUAUUACACUAGAGGGAGUAAGUGUUUUAGAAAUACAACAGUGAACACCUCAUAACCCCAUACCUCUUUUUUAUAUUGUAACAUUUCAAAAGCUGUGAUAAACAAAUCUUAAUAGAAAUACAACCAGAAACUAUGAAAACAGUUCAACUAUAAUACAGAUAUUCACUGUAUUAAGAGUAAAAUACAUUUGGAGACCAAUUUAUAAAGAGGAUUAUACCCUCAUAGUAAGUUUUUGUUCUUAAAUGUUGGGUGUUUUUGACAACCUAGUGAUGUUUGAUGUAAAUGCAAAGCGACAGACAUGAAUUGAUCUACAUCCCUUCUGUCUUUCAGUUAAUAUUUCUGUCGUCUUAAUGCUUAUUUUUCACUCUCUGCCUAACUGCAAAAAAAUUAAAAACCUUUAGGCCUAGUUAUCAUACUUUAGCAGUCCCCUUUUCUUAGCUGUGUCAACUCUAUUCCUCAACUCUGAUCAUUUAGCUGUUCUAUUUUUAUAGCAACACUUUUUUUUUAAUACUGCAGACAGUUGGAUUCCAAGGCUUUAGUUUCUGGACUGUACACAAUGUUCUUCAUACUUAACCCACUGUAGUAUGUGCUGUUAAAUAAAUUUGCUCAAAUUAA